GCGUUCGAUCGAUCGCCUUCUAGGGUUUCCUCGACUCACCUCCUCCCCUCUCCCUCUUCCUCUUCCUCUUCCUCUUGGCCAUCCGCCGUCUCUGCGCGGCGCUCUAUCCUCAAUCACACACACGAGUAAACAACAUCCAUUCCCCUUCGAUCUCUUCGCUCGCGGAUCCACCACCAUCACCACCACCACUCAUGUCGGAUCGCUGGGAUCCACCACAAUCGAGGGUGGACUGGGUUCCCCCACCAUCCGAAAUUGAGGUUCCAACAUCAAGACCAUCCAAGGAUGCGGUUCGGGCAUUCAUCAUGUCUCCAUCGGGGGAUUCAUCAGCAGCAACACCAAAACCAUCCGAGCUCGCGAUUUCUACAUCAAGCCCACCACAACCACCCAAGGUUGUGGUACCAGUGUUGAUUAACUGCCACGUGAAUGUCAUCGAUGAAGUAGAGGAGAUCAUCGAAGAGACAGGAGGCCUGACGCUGUGUCAGAGCAUAGCCUCCAUCCUCGAGCACCUCCCGCCGUGCAGCAGCAGAAUCGAGAGAGAAGACCAAGAAGAGAGGGCCACCGAAGAAGAGAUCAACCGUUAUUGUGCGGAGGUCGAGGCACCGGCGUUCGCGGUCCUGCGCGAGCGCAAAGCCUCCCGUCCCAGUGCGUGGCGCAAGGAGCCGGUGACAUUCACUCGCGCAGACGCUGGCUACUACCGUGAGGUACUGGAAGGCAUCGAUCUUCAUCUUCCUCAGCUCGCAGCUGCCCCCGCCGUAAAUUCAUUGACGCUUCGUAUAUCUUGGCCGCCGGAACAUGAAAUGCGGUGUUACCCAUGCUCCUGCUUCCUGUCAAGCUCUCACGAGAACUUUCUCGCUCUCUACUUGGGCGCCUACCGACCCAGCCUUUCUCGUCCAGGGUGUUACCUGGUGUUGGACACCUGGGCAAAGUCUGUUGCGGUCAUACCGAGUCUGCCCAUCGGCUGGGUCACUAGUGAAUCCCACUGCAACACUGGGACGGCUGGGGUUGCCAUCCUACGCCAUGAUCUUGGCCGCAACAAGUACCUCCUCGCCGAGCUCUACCUUCACCGGGACGAUAAGAGCCACCUAGCCUCAAAUAAGGCAUCCCUUUUUCUGUGGUGUUCAUCCGGCUCUGGACCAUUUGCUGACCAUUGGAUACAGAAGGAGGUGGUGCUCCCCAUCCCUGCGGAUGAAGACGGUGAAGACACAGAGCAGCAUACAUACUCCUUCCAAGCUGACAUGGUGUUUGCCAUUUCAAGCUCUGCUCUCUGCUGGGUUGAUCUUCUGUCAGGUAUCCUGGUCUGUGAUAACAUCAGGAGGUUCGUUACUGGAAGCAAAGGUGAUGACUUGGUGUUCACUUUCAUCCCAUUGCCUGAGGAAUGUGCCCUCAAACCUGACCCUCUGUUUCGUUGGGGGCGGGCACCAGAGGGGUACCGUUCAAUGUGUUGUAUGAGCUCUGACAGCAUCAGAUUCGUCUCUAUGGAUAACCAUAGCCAUGAACACUCUAUCAGUGAGGUGAUCCUCAGGACGUGGACUCUUACAUUCCCCCUAAGGAACAAAUUGAGGAACAACUGGAAGUGGGAGAAAGACUCAGCCUUGUGCAUGGAAAACCUCUUUGAUACCUUUCCUAUCUUGAAGAAGGACAGUAAGCUGCAGCAGCUCGUGCUCAGUCGCCCUAUCAUUUAUGGUUUAACUCAUGCUGUCCACCUCUCUGUUACUGACCUUGAAUACAUGCUUGAGCAUCAGCAUUGGAAAGUUUCAGCAUUUUAUGAGCUCCAAAUCGACAUGGACAUGCAAAUGGUCUCAUCUGUGUUCAAGUUACCCUCUGGAAGUCCUAUUGUUCCUCCCUCACAUAUAUUUGCUUCUGCAGUUGGCCACUACAUGAACUCAACUGAGUUGCAUCCAGCAAAGUCAACUGCUUGCGAAGUACAGGCUGCUGAGACAGAAGGGGUUCUUGAUUCAAUGAGAAAAAAAGUUGCAAAUUUCUCAACUGCUUUUGGAGUACAGGCUGCUGAGGGAGAAGAGGCCGAUGAGUCGAUGGGAAAAGUAUCUGCAAAGAAGUGCUAUGACCUACCUGAGGGAAAGUAUCCGCCAGAAUUUAUUGCAACGCAUAUGAGAUUGAAGCAGCAGCAUGAGAAGGAGGAGUGUAGGAAGAAGUAUAUUUUGCAGCGGGAUGAGAGGAAGAAGAUGAUGAGUAAAGAAAGGAAGAAGGGUAGACUAAGUUCAAAGGGUGGACUAAGUUCAAAGGAAGGAGCUUUAUCUGUGACUACUACUAAGGCAAGCACCCAGUAGACAUUAGAUUGGCAGCCAUGAAUGGAUAUUAUUGUUACUGCUAUGUAAUCAGCCAGUAGACCUUUGAUUGGCAGGCAUCAAAUGGAUAUUAUCGUGACUACCAUGUAUUCACCCAGUAAACCUUUGACUGGCAAACUUUUGGCCAGUAGACCAUGCUAUCAGUUGUAUACCUUACCGCGCUCUGGCUAAUGUGGGGAAGGAAAACAUUUGAUCUCCUGCGGUCCUGCCCUUCCUGGAGGCAUAUAUUUAAGGU